AUGGCGAUAACUACUAGGAGUUGCAAGAUGUUACCUGGCCCUACUUUGAGCAAACUUAUAGAUGAUGAGGUAGUUGUUGAUGAAUUGGAAGAAGGUGAUCCAGUGGAGUCUGAGAAGCUGGAUAAAUCUAAUGAUGUUCAAGAGAAAGGUAAAGAGAAGGAGAAGGAGGUCAUGAACUGGCACCUAAAGGAAAUAUCCCCAAACUUACAAAGAAGGAACAAUAGAAAAGUGUACCCCGAUGAUGAGGAGUCUGAUUAUGAAGAGGAAGAGCCUCUGCUCAGGAAGCGAAAGAAGAAGAAAAGCCCUAAAAAGACUUCACCACCCCUACCAGUUGAGAUGGAGGAGAGUGAAGAAAGUCAAACUGAGCCAACGAUAUUCGAGCAUAUAGCUUCUGAGCAGAAGGCCUCUGAGCAACAAGAGUCUGACCAUGCUGUAUCUAAAGAUCAUGGUUCAAAUCAUCAUGAUUCUGAAGGGCAUGAACCUGAGGAACCAUUAACUGAGUCCCCUUCUGUUGAACCAAAAUAUGAUGAAGACUCUCCAAUUAGCGGAAUUAUAGUCAAAUGA